AGCGGUGACACUUGUCGAUAUUGAAUUGUGUAAAGAACAAAGGAUAGAAAGCCUAGGAGAAGCGCAAAACGUUGUUAGAAGUUGUAUAGGAGAUAUGGAGAAAUCUCGGUCUUAUGUUUACUUUUAGCUUAGUGGAUAUACGUUAAGUUGCUCUUGAGUUAAUUUAAAACUGAAUUACAACUGGCUAAAGAUGAUAAAUAUUGACUUAGACAAAAUAAGAUUUAAAUGCUUAAAUAUUCAUUUUUAAACACAUUUGUUAAUAUAUUAAAUUGUGUCUUUAGUGAUUUAGUUAUCUUCGAGAAUGUGGUGACAAUAAAUGGAACACAUACAAAUUUAAAAUGGAUUGUUAAAGGUUCGUUUUAGAAAAUGAAUUCGGGACGAUAAAUACCAUCUGAAACAGGGAGUAAAAUUACACGCAUGAUGGGAACACAAAGUGAGUGGGUAUAUUCAGACUUACAGACUCCGAAAGUUGUCAAAGCAGCUCAUAAAAUCCCGCUGGUUUCCCCGAGAAUGGACGUUGACGUAACGGGAGUCUCUUUGAAAAAUGUACGCACGCAUUUGAUUGACCAUCCACGAGAUGACGGUUUAAAACAUCGUGAGCAGCUCUGGAAUUUUCAACAAAAAUACCGCGGUGUAAUUGGGAAAGUACGUCCCAUGGCUUCUAUUGGAGCUGACGACCGGAAGUGUGAGACUUCCGGUUCGGAUGAGCAGAAUGAAGAUGAUUCCCGCCAGAUCGAUGGUUCACGACCACGUGCAAUCAACGAGCAAUCAUCAUUACCGAGCAGAUUUCGGAAACGCUUGAAACAUAAAAUAAAUUUCACUGGUUUGGGAUCUAGUGAAUUAUUCAUGGAUUCCGGACGACGGCGAUCAGUUCCUCCGAAAGAACAAAAUGAAGACGACAAAUCAAAUUCCGGAAUCCAGAGACUCUAUUCCUCCGGUUUGAUCGUCAAAAACAACUUGUACAACCAGUUACGUAAUUCUAAUGGUGAGGAGAAAAGAAUCGAACAUUUUCCUGAUAACUCCAGGAUCCUUGAAGCUAUUCAGAAAUACGGAUCAUUAGAAAAACUGCCUGAUAUUACUUAUCCUGGUUUACGAUCAGCACAGACUCCAAAUAUUCGCUUUCUUAAGACCUUAAACUCCUACAACCGACGUAUCAUUGACCAGGUUUCAGAGCGACGGUAUUUACCGUUACGUCGUUCCUUAACGAACUUUAAUGAUCACGGCUCGUCGAAACGGAAGCUUAUUAUUGUGUCACGGCGCGGGCAGAAUGACGACCGAAUAGUCCGGCUUGGGUGUUAUGACACAUUUACUAGCAAUGAAGACGAUGAUGAGUAUGAUGAAAACAAUGACGAGGUGGAUGAUGAUGGCGAUGAUGAUGAGGAAGAAGAAGAAGAAGAUGACGAUGAUGAAUGUGACAAUGAAAUUCGAAUUUCACAACCUGAAAAAUUGCACCAAAGAGACAUUGACCAGAAAAGGCCUGAACAUUUGGAUAUAAGAAGUAAUAUUACUCAAGUUAAUACUCAAGAUGAUUUAGUGUUAAUAGAAAAAUAUAAACAGGAAGAUAACAACCAUAAAAAGCAAUUAAGAACUGAAAGAACAUUUCAUGGUGAGACUCGUAAACAAAAUAUCAGUAAAGAAUAUAGAAGAACGGAUUUAUCCGGUCAGGAUGCAUUCGUGCCAAGGUGCAAUAGCAAGGCCCGAGACAGUUGGAAUAAUACGAAAGUUGGUAACAAAGACAGAGAAGCCGCAAACAACAAAAGAUCUCAGAAAAAGAAAACAGCAGUUGACAAUAAAAACGAUGAAUCUGAAUCGGACGAUAGCUUAGACAUUCCAGAUCAUAAAUUUGGACCAACAACACAUUCAAUUGAUAAAAAAUUAGCAAUACGAAAACCAUGGGAAUGGAAACCCAGCCCUUAUAGAUGGAUUGACAAACCCUACGUCAGAGAAAGUGAUAAGCCUUAUAUUGAACGUAUUAUUAACAAUGGAGAAAUAAUUGAUGAAUUUCAUUACGAUUCGUUCGCAAGAACCAAGCCACUAAAGGUUCAGAGUUUCCCAGAAGGCGCUGGUUACAAGGAUAGAUAUGGAAACAUGAGGUGAUAUUGUUCAAAGGUUUAUAACAAAUGGCAUUCAUGCAGCAUUACUAAAUAUAUAUCAUCCAUCUUUAGACCUUGUGAAAUAAAUGCGGUUAUAUACUAAAUUAAAGUCAUGUGAUUAUAUUCCUUAUGGAAUUCAUGCACCCAUAAUUCCAUCUUUAUUUAUUACAAGAAAUAUUGCCAUUGUUAAUACUUCGCUAAAACGCCGUGGUUUAUGCCACUGAAAAACAUUUAUAAACGGUUGUUAGAAUUAUCUUUUCUGUUGAAAUAUGACUUAAUUUAACAUAUAAA